GUCAAGGUUUGACAGUCAAGCUCGUGAAAAAAGCCAACCUAUAAAACAAUAACAAGGUAAAUAUGGGCGAUCGUUAUAACAUUCACAGUCAGUUGGAACAUCUUCAAUCAAAAUACAUUGGCACUGGCCAUGCAGACACAACCAAGUACGAAUGGCUUGUAAACCAGCAUAGAGACAGUUAUUCGAGUUAUUUGGGGCACCCAGAUUUGCUGAAUUACUUCUCAAUUUGUGAAAAUGAAGCCAAGGCCCGUGUAAGAUUCAACUUGAUGGAAAAGAUGUUACAACCAUGUGGACCACCCCCAGACAAACCAGAAGAUUAAUAAAAUGAUUAGCAUGUAAGAUUUUAUAUUAAAAUAAAAUGAUUUAAAUUAUUU